UAAUAGUUAAAACAAACAAAAAAAAACUAUUUUUAUUUUUGAGAAAAGUUUAAUUAUGAUUUUAAACUCUUUGGUUUUAAAACGUUAUUUUGAGGUUUUCUUUUUAGUGUUUCUCUUGUGCUGUUCGUGUUUCUUAGUGUUAAACAAUGUUUUGAACAGUUCACAACUGGCUACGUUUAAACGCGAAGAAGCGGCAAAAGUUAGUAAAAAUUUCACUAAUAAUAUAUCUCAACGUCUUAAAGUUCUACUGGGAUGUCAAGAUCGUCCUUUAAUUUUCGAGAAACGACAAUAUGGCAACUAUUGGUUAUUAAAAAAUUUCAUACGUGGGCGUUUAAGUGAAAAAAUAGGUUGUUCGGAGGCAAUAACGUAUUGUACAAACGGAGAUUACACCUUUUUUGAUAACUUGCCCGAAGUGGUUAAGCGAUGGUUCGCUCCGGUAAGUUUUGCAAUUUUUGCGCCUGGUUACGAUUUCAAAAUUGCAAUGGAUUCAAUACAAUAUGUACGCAAUUGUUUAAAGGAGUCUCAAUUGAUACAAAAGUAUGUGACUUUCCACAUUUAUUUUCCAAGCCGCCAUAUGCCCGACUAUUUGCCUAUAACUGAAGAAGAAAUCGAUAAUUGGCCGUACGAUUGUCAGAGUUCGGUGAAACCUUAUGAGAACAGCACUCGAGCCGACAUGUAUAAAACUAAAAAUAAAUUACUAUACCCGAUUAAUGUGGGCCGUAAUAUAGCACGAGAAGCAGCUAAUACACAUUUUGUAUUUGUCUGCGAUAUUGAAUUAUUUCCUAGUAAAAAUUUAAUAAAACAAUUCUUUAGAAUGUUAUUACAUAACAAAGCGCUAAUACCGUCUAGAGGCAAUGGAGAGGAAGAGGAAGAAUAUAGAGUUUUUCCCGUACCAGUGUUCGAGGUCGCUAAGACGUCUUCGGUGCCAGAGAAUAAAGCGGAAUUGUUAAAAAUGUUGAAAGUCGACCUCGCAAUACCCUUUCAUAAGUUUACUUGCAAAAAUUGCCAUAUGGUGCCGGGUUACGGUAAAUGGUUAAAUAGGACAAAUGUUAACACCAUGGAAAUCAUUGCGGUGUCUAAACGUGAGGGUAAAUUUGCUUCUUGGGAGCCGUUCUAUAUUAGUGAUAACCGAGAACCGAUGUUCGAUGAACGCGUUACUUGGGAGGGACAAUCAAAUAAGCGAAUACAAAACUAUGCCAUGUGUUUAUUAGGCUUUAAGUAUCACGUUUUACAUCCCGCCUUCUUAGUACAUACCCCUGGUAUUAAGAGAGUCAAUCUUAAGGAUCCACGCCUUAAGUACGUAGCACCUACAAAUGCAUUAAUCCGUAAAAAGAUAAUACCUGAAUAUCAUAUAUUAUACGGUAAAAAUACAAAUUGUCGUGUGUGAUUG